CUUCACGAUCUACCUCCUCAGGUUUUCAGAAGAGUUCUCGACCAUCUGCCGUUGUCAUCGUUGGCGGCGUUCGCGAUGACGAGCCACCACUCGAAUACAUUGGUUCGCUCCAUCAAGAACCCUUUCGCACUAAUCAAGAAAGAAGGGAAUGAGUCUGAGCGAGCGAGGUUUUCGAUCCUGUGUUUCGAUAAGCAUUAUCCAGAGCACAUCGUAUGUUAUCAUUGCGGCUCGUACCAUAGGCGCAAAUCACCUGGUAGUCGAGAUAUUUGGGGUCAAAACGCUCCAGCCGCCUUCAAGUACGGGACUAGGACGAUAUGCAAACGGCACACAACGAAGUUCGACGGGUUGGACUGGGAAACCGUCCACGAGACGAUGCGCGGGUUCCGGCACUCCCCUCGGUAUGGACAGGAUCUCCUACGCCCUAAAGGCUUUCAUCAACAGGGAAAAGGACGGUGGGGCAGUGACAUCCAUGCGUUACCCUGUGAUGGUCAUUUGCUUUUGAGAAAGAGAUGGGUCAGUGGUAUUCCGGAAGUCGAGGAUGUAGACCCCAGUGCCGUAGUAUUUGCAACUUCAUACUCCUUGUGUCCACACCUAGAUCCAGUCCUCACCACAUAUUCUAUGGCUUGUGGUGUAAGAAACGCCGUCUCUCGCUUCUAUACGUACCAUGAUCCUGAGAACCUCAAAGAUGGCUAUGUUGAUAAAGCCUUGCGGUGCACCGCCUGCCCUACCGAAGUGGUCAUCGAAAUAACUCGGCGAAGGCUGUUCAACGGAAAUUGCGCAGACGAGUCGAGGUUUCCGAAAUCAACCUAUGUCGUAAGCGUCUCCAGAUACGUCGACUUUGGCAAAUGUCAGGAUCCGGAGGACAUUGAAUGGAAGGCGCUCACAGAGCGGAGACCAGGGUUCUGGGGACGCUUAUUUUCAAGAAGGGCUAGCGGGUCGCCAGACGGGGAAACAGCACGGCCGACGGACCUUACACACCUGGAAUCCGUUUACGAGAGAUUCAAUGCGCAUCUUCAGGCGCAUCUGCUGUCAUCGCCGUCCCUCAGUGGUCCUACCGACCUUCGUCUGGCUAUCCAUGAUAGCACUGACUCACAGCCUCCACCAUACGCCAAGUAA